AUGCACAGUAGAGACUUUGUAGAAAAUGAUGCUGGGGUGAACUCAUAUGAGGAGGAUUUGAUCGGCUCGUUGGAGCUCGGGGAUGGACAAGGACCAACAGGUCACAUGGGAGAAGUAUCAUCAACGGCAACAGGGCAGCAGCCAAGUGGUAACCUCCUCGAUGAUCUCGACUCUAUCCUUGGCAUGCCUCCGCCUGUUGUGGCUGCACCUACUGUAGCAGCAGUGGAGAAAAGGGAGGAGAAAACGGCAGAUCCAUUCAGUGGCUUGGGAUUGGGAUCUCUGGGGUUUUCUAUGAGCUCUUCUGGUACGAAGAAACCGGCACAAGGUGGCGGGUUAGUGGACGUGUUCAGUACAGGUGCUCAGGCGAGGACGAUAACAGUGUAUAGUAAUCCUGAUGUACGUGUUGACUUCGCGGUAGCUUCAAAGUCCAACGGUGUUGAUAUUACUGCGAGUUUCCACUCUCACCAAAGAGUGUUGUCGGACUUUGUUCUGGAGGCGGCAGUUCCAAAAUAUCUGAAGUUAACUUUGCAACCAGCCACAUCGCCAGUGGUUCAGCCCGAUACGGUGGUGACACAGAAGCUGACGGUGACACAAGCAUCUGAGCCUGCAAAACCUAUUAUGAUGAAAUUGCGUAUAAGGUAUGUGCUUGACGGUAUGCCAGUGGAAGAGCUGACCACGGUGAAUAAUAUCACUAGCGCGUGA